AGUCCUGCGCUUCCUGCGACGCCCUGCUACAAAAUCCUCGUCGACGUCACGCGAUUCCUGUCGAAAGCAGGCCGAGGUGCAAAGUGCGCUAAACGGGUGCGGAUGUUUUCAUGAAUGUCGAGUUCGGGGAAAAAAUAGCAGGAAAUCGAUUCUGUAGCCAGAAUUUUCGUACUAUGUGUAGUUGUUAAUAUGAAGUGCAAGUUAUUGGAUCCGUCGUAAUGGCUACAAGGCGCAAUUCCGGCGUUAAAAUUCCUAAAAAGACGUGUACCUCCACAUAGGAACACAAAAUGGAGGCAUGUUUUUAUGAACACGCAUUGACAGACACGGUUGGCCACCGCGGAAGAGGCUUUGUCGGCUCAGGCGGUGCAGUGGCAGAAGGCGGGGGCCGCCAGAGGAACAGGUGAUAGAAUGGGAGGUGCCAGCGCAGCUGGAUCUGGACAGGGGCCCUCCUCACUUUUUCUUUUUUCAGAGGAAAACCCCAUACGCAGAUAUACGCGCUUCAUCAUCGAGUGGCCUCCUUUCGAAUAUGCUGUGCUUCUGACAAUCAUAGCUAACUGUGUCGUAUUAGCAUUGGAGGAGCAUCUGCCUUUUCACGACAAAACCAUGUUGGCCCAAAAACUUGAGAAAACAGAAAAUUAUUUCCUCGGUAUAUUUUGUGUUGAAGCUUCAUUAAAAAUUCUGGCUUUGGGUUUUGUGCUCCAUAGAGGUUCCUAUUUAAGGAACGUCUGGAACAUCAUGGAUUUUUUCGUCGUGUUGACUGGGUUAUUAACGUCGAUUCCUCAAGAUUACAUCGAUUUGGAUCCCCGCGCGUUGCGGGCUAUUCGAGUGCUUAGACCGCUGAAGCUAGUCUCUGGCAUUCCUAGCCUGCAGGUAGUUUUGAAGUCUAUCAUCAAGGCUAUGGCACCAUUACUUCAAAUCGGACUUUUGGUAUUGUUCGCCAUUGUUAUUUUUGCCAUAAUAGGAUUGGAGUUCUAUUCCGGUGCCUUGCAUAAAACUUGUUAUAGCCUGUACAACAUAGAGGAAAUUGUUAAAGAGGGGGAUGAAGAAGUACCUUGUAAUACUGACAAUGAAACUCAAGCAAGACUCCAAGGAAGUAAUUGGUGUAGAGAUGGUAAUUCAGUAUGUUUGGAACGUUGGCAGGGACCUAAUAAUGGUAUAACGUCUUUUGAUAAUAUUGGAUUCGCCAUGUUGACUGUGUUCCAAUGUAUUACUAUGGAAGGAUGGACUGCCAUAUUGUAUUGGAUGAAUGAUGCAAUUGGUAGUAUGUUUAACUGGAUCUACUUUGUUCCACUCAUUGUUUUGGGGUCAUUUUUUAUGUUAAAUCUAGUUCUUGGUGUUCUCAGUGGUGAAUUUGCCAGAGAACGAGAAAAAGUAGAAAAUCGCCAAGAAUUUUUAAAAUUAAGACGAGCUGCACAGUUAGAAAGAGAAUUGAACGGUUACGUUCAAUGGAUAUGUAAAGCAGAAGAGGUAAUAUUAGCCGAGGAAAGGACUACAGAAGAAGAAAAGUUACAUAUAAUGGAAGCACGGAGAAGGGCUGCUAGAAAAAAGAAAUUGAAGAGUAUGGGAAAAAGUAAAAGUACAGAUACUGAAGAGGAACAGGAAGAAGAUGAAAUAGGCGAUGAUGUUUUGUUAGCAGGUUAUGGUAAAUCUUCUUAUUUGAAGUCGAGAGUAAAAGGACAAACUGGCUGUGCAAGAUUUUGGAGAGCAGAAAAGAGAUUUCGAUUCUGCAUUCGACACGUGAUCAAAACGCAGUGGUUUUACUGGUGUGUGAUCGUGUUGGUGUUGUUCAACACAAUUUGCGUUGCUGUAGAGUUCCACGGACAACCACAGUGGCUCACAAAUUUUUUAUAUUAUACCGAAUUCAUUUUCUUGGGUCUAUUUAUGACGGAAAUGUUCAUAAAAAUGUAUGCCUUGGGACCAAGAAUUUAUUUCGAGUCAGCCUUCAACCGAUUCGAUUGUGUAGUGAUAACGGGUUCCAUUUUCGAAGUUAUAUGGUCAGAACUGAAAGGUGGUUCGUUCGGGUUAUCAGUGCUGAGAGCUCUGAGGCUCCUGAGGAUAUUUAAAGUGACGAAGUAUUGGUCAUCGCUGCGCAAUCUUGUUAUAUCGUUGCUCAAUUCAAUGCGAUCGAUUAUUUCGUUGCUGUUCCUUCUGUUCUUGUUCAUUCUCAUUUUCGCGUUACUGGGAAUGCAGCUUUUCGGAGGACAAUUCAACUUCGAAUCGGGAACUCCCAAUGCCAACUUUAAUACGUUUCCUAUUGCGUUAUUGACUGUGUUCCAGAUAUUGACUGGUGAAGACUGGAACGAGGUCAUGUAUAAUGGUAUAAACGCUCUUGGCGGUCCGAACGUUGCCAUGAUUUAUUCACUUUAUUUCAUUGUUCUUAUGCUUUUCGGUAACUAUACGCUCCUCAACGUUUUUCUUGCUAUCGCCGUCGACAACUUGGCGAACGCCCAAGAGUUGACGGCGGCCGAAGAAGAGCAAGCCGAAGAAAAUAAAGAGAAGCAAGCUCUGGAACUAGAAAAGGAAAUGGAGGCCUUACAAAUGGAAGGAGGUCUCAAGAUGGAUGCAGGCCUUUCUAGUCCCGUCAAAUCCAGGAAAAAAGUUGAGGAAAAAGCCGAAGAGGAAGAAAUUGUCGGUCCGAAACCUAUGCUGCCGUAUUCUAGCAUGUUUAUUCUUUCUUCAACUAAUCCAGUGAGGAGAGGUGCCCAUUGGGUAGUUAAUCUACGUUAUUUCGAUUUUUUCAUUAUGAUCGUAAUUUGUCUCAGUUCUAUUGCACUUGCAUGUGAAGAUCCCGUGGAUGAAAAUGCCUUCCGUAACGUUAUUCUCGAUAAAUUCGAUUAUGCUUUCACCAGCGUUUUCGCCGUGGAAAUGUUGCUGAAAGUCAUCGAUUUAGGCAUUAUACUCCACCCUGGUUCUUAUCUCAGGGAAGUCUGGAAUAUUAUGGAUGCUGUAGUCGUUAUUUGUGCACUAGUCUCCAUGGGCUUUGAUUUUGCAAAGCGUCCAGAAGCUGCCAACUUGUCUACCAUCAAAUCUCUGCGAGUGUUACGUGUUCUCAGACCAUUAAAAACAAUUAAAAGAGUGCCGAAACUUAAGGCAGUAUUUGACUGCUUAGUGAACUCCUUGAAAAAUGUGAUAAAUAUUCUUAUAGUGUAUAUAUUGUUCCAAUUCAUAUUUGCUGUGAUUGCCGUUCAGUUGUUCAACGGAAAAUUUUUCUACUGUACAGAUGCUAGUAAAUUUACCGCAGUGACCUGCAAAGGUCAAUAUUUUGUAUAUGAAGAAGACAGCGAUGUGCCUAAGGUGCAAAAUCGAGAAUGGUUGCCUCAGAAGUUUCAUUAUGAUAACGUUCCCAUGGCAAUGUUAACGCUGUUCGCUGUACAAACCGGGGAAGGAUGGCCUCAGAUUCUGCAAAACUCUAUGGCUGCCACUUACGAGGAUCAAGGCCCAAUUCAGAAUUUCCGAAUAGAGAUAUCCAUUUUCUAUAUUGUAUAUUUCGUAGUGUUUCCAUUCUUCUUUGUAAAUAUAUUCGUGGCCUUGAUCAUCAUCACAUUCCAAGAACAGGGUGAAGCAGAACUUCAAAGUGGAGAAAUUGACAAGAACCAGAAAUCUUGUAUCGAUUUCACUAUUCAAGCCAGACCACUGGAACGGUAUAUGCCGAGCAAAAGGAGCAGCUUCAAAUACAAAAUAUGGAGAAUUGUUGUUUCAACUCCCUUUGAAUAUUUUAUCAUGAUGUUAAUCGUAUUUAACACGCUCUUACUGAUGAUGAAGUAUGACAAGCAAGGCGAAACCUACACCAGUACAUUAAAGUACCUCAACUGGGGAUUUACGGGAAUGUUCACUGUGGAAUGUAUCCUGAAGAUUCUCGCUUUCGGCGUAAGGAAUUUCUUCAAAGACCCUUGGAAUACGUUCGAUUUCGUUACCGUAAUUGGUAGCAUCGUAGACGCAAUGGUUGUGGAAUUCGGAGAAAGAGCGGCCCAAAUGCAGAAGGAGAGGAAAACGAAACUUGAUCUUGAUGCUGCUAUAGGCAAGUGGAUGCAGGAAAAUUUCAUAAACGUUGGUUUUUUGAGAUUAUUCCGAGCCGCUAGGUUGAUAAAACUACUACGUCAAGGAUAUACAAUAAGAAUACUGCUAUGGACGUUUGUUCAAAGUUUCAAGGCACUUCCUUAUGUUUGUGGACUCAUCGCCAUGCUCUUCUUCAUUUAUGCUAUCAUUGGAAUGCAAGUUUUCGGCAAUAUUGAAGUUUCUCCAGAAACAUCUAUAGAUAGACAUAACAAUUUCCGUAAUUUUAUUCAAGGACUCAUGCUCUUAUUCAGAUGUGCCACGGGUGAAAAUUGGCCAAGCAUAAUGCUGUCGUGUAUAAAAGGAAGAAAAUGUGAUUCGAACUCUGGAAAAUCUGGAGAACAGUGCGGUCAUAAUAUAGCUUAUGCCUAUUUUGUAUCGUUUAUAUUUUUCUGUUCUUUCUUGAUGUUGAAUUUAUUCGUCGCUGUAAUUAUGGACAAUUUUGAUUAUUUGACACGGGAUCCUUCCAUAUUAGGUGCUCAUCACUUGGAUGAAUUCGUUAGAAUAUGGGCAGAAUAUGAUCCAAACGCCACUGGUAAAAUUCACUACACUGAAAUGUACGAUAUGCUUAAAAACAUGGAUCCACCACUGGGCUUUGGAAAUAAGUGCCCUAAUAGAUUAGCAUAUAAAAAACUGAUUAGAAUGAACAUGCCAGUGGAUAACGAUGGAAAAGUGAAUUUUACUUCGACUUUCUUUGCUCUCGUCAGGGAAAAUCUUAGCAUCAAAAUGAGGACAGCUGAUGAAAUGGACCAGGCUGAUGCAGAGUUGAAAGAGACAAUCAAAAACAUCUGGCCAAUACAAGCUAAAAAUAUGGUAGAACUUCUAGUGCCACCCAACGAUCAACUUAACGCCGGUAAAUUAACUGUUGGUAAAAUAUAUGCAGGUUUGCUCAUUUUAGAAAGUUGGCGGAGCACUAGAUUCGGACAAGUGGAGCCUACUGGUAUACCGGGAUUUGGAAACAGUCCUUCAGCCAAUACCGCGGCAAUGGAAUUUCAGGAUAUCAUCGGAGGGUCUCGGAGACCGUCUUGUGAUAGUGGUGGAGAACAGGCUUUAUUGCGUCCUGGAAGUUUCAUCAAUCAUCACAGAAGAAGUCCAACUAAUCGGCAAAAUUCGCCAUCGUACCAAAGAAGUCCGUCACCUCUUAGAAGAUAUCCUCGUCAUUUGCAUCAUGAUAUUGGAUUUUCCGACACUGUUUCUAACGUAGUGGAAAUUGUGAAACAGGAACAUCAAAUGGCAUCUCAAAGGCAUCGAUUUCCAAGAGGAUCUUGGUCGGCUUCGACGAGUCCAACACGAUCCCCGUCACCGUCGGCAGGACGACAUAAUCCUAAAUUUGGCGGGUUUAACUUUUCGAGGAAAAUGGAUUACGGAACCACCAGUCUAUGUCAAAGAUCCAGAUCGCCUAGUCCUACAAAUUCAUCAUUACCACAUCAUCAAGGUCCACCGUUUAUUGCUGGUGCUGUGGUAGGUAUACCGAUGCAGAAGUCUGCAGCUCAUCAAGGCAAUGUACAACACAGUCAUCCGGUUUUGGGCGGUCGGAAGGGUCAAGGAAGAAGACUACCUCCAACACCUUGCAAACCUUCCACGCUACAAUUACGACCGGGAUCAAUAAAUUUUCCGAAACUUAAUGCAUCUCCCACACAUCAACAUUUUCAAUCUCAUUCGGCGCACGUAACUCCACAUAAUCACCCACACACUUUUCCGUUGGAUCGAGAACCUCUUAGAGAAAUUUCGCCUCCGGAGACAACUAAUAUUAACAAUGUGAAUAUAAGCAUGAAUCCUGGUGUUAGAGACUCCAAUCAAACACCUCUAAGUUUCGAACAAGCUGUAGCGAUGGGAAGGGGCGGCAGAGUGCUACCUAGUCCACUACCAAACGGGUAUAAGCCGAAGCCAACUGGAUCUGGACAUUCUGAAUCAGACGAAGAUGACUGGUGCUAGCAUUUGCUUAAUACUCCAUGAGAGUAUUUACUAUUAAUCAGUGUUUUUAUAUAAAAGAGACUUUAACAAAUUAUUAUUAUACCUAUUAUUAUUACCAUUAUUAUUAUUAUUACAUUAGGAGUAAUCUGUUUUUAAACUUUCUGUGUACAGCUGGGUCACGUUAGAUUAUUGUAA